UCCCGGGAGUCACGGUGCUGAAACCGCCGCAUCAACCACACGGAGCCACUCCGACACCGUCCAGCGAAACCCGAACUCACGGAGGGAUCGGAUUACACAUCUCCGAGGAAUUAUCUUUAGGAAUCGCGCGGACAUGACGCAAAAAGCUGCAGCAGAACAACAUGCUCUCGAAGCGACCGAAGAUAUGCGGCGUGCACAAGAAGAAACAUCACCUGCAGAAACAUAACCUUUAGGUGUAGAUGCCUGAAUGAUUUCACACCGCUGAGGGAUGCUUUAACACAUGUGGCAUGCGACUUUGAAGCUUUUCUUCACAGGUGGACACAUAGAUCUCAAACCCAAUGGAAUGAAUCGAUCUUAUGGCUUCUGACACCUGUUUACUGCUUUUUCAUUAUUAUUAUUUAUCUAAUUCAGGAUGCAAUAGAGAUGUGCACUUUUCUCCGUUUACCUUGCAAUCAAUUUUAAGCUAGAUUCCAAAAGUGCAAUGGACUUAAUUCAGGUUGCGACUUUAAUGCACCUCUUAAAUUCUCAAUUGUAGCGUGUUGCAAUCGUUCCGGAUUAUCAUGGCUUGCAUGCAUUCGCUUUUCACAGCCUAAACUAAGAGGGAGUCGAUAAACGCGCGCUAAUUGAUUCCGGACGGUCUCGAUUCUCCCCGUUCUUGGAUGCUGCGCGGUCACGGCAUGCUGAAGAGCCGCUGUUGCGUUCUCUUCAGUGACCUCAAGGUGUUUCUGCUCGGGCCACAGGCUCCUACAAACCCCAUGAGCGGACAAACAGCCAGAAUCAGCCCGUAUGCCAAGGAUAACAACAAUACCUUACGAGCCCACCGGCUCCGGGACUGGAGUGCGCCGUCCACAGAGGAGGAGGCUGCGGACGGAUGCGCGUGGACGGGUGCCGCGGCGGAGGAGUUCCCCAAGGACCGGAGGGAUGACAGAUUCUCCUUCAUCAGCUAUGCAGAAGGAACCCCGGUGUGCAGGAUAUGCUUCCAGGGGCCGGAACAGUUUUGCAUUAGGACUGUCCAGUUUGUAUUAUUAUCUUCCAUCUUUUUAAUUGCAGUAAUCCAAACGGAGAUAUCCAUAUCAGACCUACUUUUCAGAUUAAUGGGUGAGCUGUUGAGCCCAUGUCGCUGCAGCGGCUCUGUACGCAGCACUCAUCAACCGUGUCUCAUCAAGUGGAUCAGUGAAAGAGGUUCAUGGGCUUGUGAACUCUGUUACUACAAGUAUCAGGUGAUCGCCAUCAGCACCAAGAACCCACUGCAGUGGCAAUCGAUUUCGCUCACCGUCAUUGAGAAGGUUCAGAUCGCGGCGGCAAUCUUGGGUUCGCUCUUCCUCAUCGCCAGCAUCUCGUGGCUGGUCUGGUCGUCUCUCAGCCCUUCGGCCAAGUGGCAACGGCAAGACCUGCUUUUCCAGAUCUGUUAUGGGAUGUACGGCUUCAUGGACGUCGUCUGUAUCGCUCUAAUCGUCCACGAGGGCCCAUCCGUUUUCCGUAUAUUCCACCGCUGGCAGGCCGUCAAUCAACAGUGGAAAGUUUUAAACUACGACAAAAAGCAAGACAGUGAGGAGCAGAAGAAUAAAGAGGAAUGGACGCGUUCGCUGCUCCACCAGAGAGAGCCGGCAGGAGCGGACGUCUCUCCUUCACCAUCUUCACUGAUGGCUGCUGCUGGGAUGCCGACACUCGACGGCAUGACAAACACAAACAUAACAGCGGCUGCGCAGGACUCCUACCAGACUAAUGCUCUCGCUGACGGACCAGCUUUACCAGACCAACACUGUCCCUAUAACCUCCUGCAUUUACUGAGUCACCUACGGCCACACGAGGCACGAAGCCCUGCCAGUAACAUCAGCACAAACACCACUAAACCUAGAGAAGUGGUUAUGAGAGUCACUACUGUCUGACUGGAGACCUUAUGAUGGGACCCUCCAACUCUUUUCAGCACAGAGAAACAAUAAGCACAGUGUUGGAACUGUUGGAUUAUUUAUGACUUUUACAUUCUGAUACUGAUGACAAACAUGUGGGUUUUUAAUUGCAGACGCUGAGAUCUUAAAAGCAGGUUGGACUGCUGAUGAAUUUAAAGGCACAGUUCACCUAAAAAUGGACAUUGUCAUUCUUUAAUGUUCUGAACACGUAUCAUGUCAUUUUAUUUCCUGUGGAACACAAAAAGAGUAUUCAUGAAGAAUCUUCACACAUACAACAACAACUAAUUGUGAACAAUGUCAAGCUUCUAAAAGCACCAUAAAAGUUUUUUUUAUUGAGAAUUUUUGUUCUACAGCAAAAAUAAAAAACUUUGUAUCAUUGAAAGUUUGG